AUGAGAGCUCCUCAACCAGAUAUUCAGACCAUUUCCUUCCCAUCAUUCAGUCGUCUAGACUCUCCCCAUGUCGGUCAUCUUUUAUUCAAGAUCACACCUCGGCUCUUAGAUGAGUUAGACGACAUGGACUAUGUCGUGAAACAAACGAUCUUACACAGCCUUGAAUUGAAGGCGAAGACAACUCAAUGCACUGAUUGCAAUAAUGAAUAUAAAAGGCUUGAAGAGAUUCUCGGCCGGGAUCACUCCGACUCUAUCGCAGCGAAAUACAUUGCAGGCCACCUAAAGGUGACUGAGGAGGACUUUGUCGGUGCUGAAACCAUCUUCCGAGAUGUUUUAUUGCUUCGAAGCCGUUCGCUAGGCGCUGACCACCCCGAGACCAUCAAGACGGUAAUUAGCUUGAUGGAUACGGUAAUGGCGCGAGACAAGUAUAAUGAGGCAAAGGAAAUUGGGGAGAGUAUCUGGGAAACCAUGACCAGACGCAAAACCAGCGGGGCUAACGACACUAUCAAAUACUUUAUGAGAAUCCCAGACCUCGCCUCUCAAGAGUAA